UCCACCCCGCCGAGCGUGCCGGCUUCCCUGCUCCGCGAUGGACUGCUACACGGCCAACUGGAACCCGCUGGGGGACUCGGCCUUCUACCGGAAGUAUGAGCUGUACAGCAUGGACUGGGACCUGAAAGAUGAGCUCCGGGACUGUCUGGUGGCUGCCGCGCCCUAUGGAGGACCUAUCGCAAUACUAAGAAACCCCUGGAGAAAAGAGAAGUCUGCCAGUAUCCGACCUGUGCUAGAUAUCUACUCUGCUUCUGGCAUGCCUCUGGCCAAUCUGCUGUGGAAGAGUGGGCCAGUGGUGUCCUUGGGCUGGUCAGCUGAGGAGGAGCUGCUCUGUGUGCAGGAAGAUGGCGUAGUAUUGGUGUAUGGGCUUCAUGGAGACUUCCGGAGACACUUCAGCAUGGGCAAUGAGGUACUUCAAAACCGGGUUCUAGAUGCACGUAUCUUCCAUACUGAGUUUGGUUCCGGGGUGGCCAUCCUCACGGGGGCCCACCGUUUUACUCUUAGCGCCAAUGUGGGGGACCUCAAACUCCGCCGGAUGCCAGAGGUGCCAGGUCUGCAGAGCGCACCCUCAUGCUGGACCACACUGUUCCAGGAGCGUGUGGUACAUGUUCUUCUGGCUGUGGGGCCUGACCUUUACCUUCUGGACCAUGCAGCCUGCUCUGUAGUGAUAUUGCCAGGCCUGGCCCCAGGAGUGAGCAGCUUCCUGCAAAUGGCAGUCUCCUUUACCAACAGACACCUGGCCCUUUUCACAGACACAGGCUAUAUCUGGAUGGGGACAGCAUCACUCAAGGAGAAGCUGUGUGAGUUCAACUGCAAUAUUCGCGCCCCUCCAAAGCAGAUGGUCUGGUGCAGCCGUCCUCGAAGCAAGGAGCGGGCCGUUGUGGUGGCCUGGGAGAGGCGUCUGAUGGUGGUGGGUGAUGCACCUGAGAGCAUCCAGUUUGUGCUGGAUGAAGACUCCUAUCUGGUACCCGAGCUGGAUGGGGUUCGUAUCUUUUCCCGCAGUACCCACGAGUUCCUGCACGAGGUUCCAGUGGCCAGUGAGGAGAUCUUCAAAAUUGCUUCCAUGGCCCCUGGAGCACUGCUGUUAGAGGCCCAGAAGGAGUAUGAGAAAGAGAGCCAGAAGGCGGACGAGUACCUGAGGGAGAUCCAGGAGCUUGGGCAGCUGAGCCAGGCCGUCCAGCAGUGCAUUGAGGCCGCCGGGCAUGAGCACCAUCCUGACAUGCAGAAGAGUCUACUCCGGGUUGGCCUGGGCUCAGGGCUGAGAGCAGGGCCAGGUGCUGGCAACAGUGCAGGCAGCAGGGAGCUGGCAGGGCUGACGCUUGCCUCUCCUCUCCUCUCUUUCCAGGCGGCCUCCUUUGGGAAGUGUUUCCUCGACAGGUUCUCCCCUGACAGCUUUGUGCGCAUGUGUCAGGAGCUGCGCGUGCUGAAUGCAGUUCGGGACUAUCACAUUGGCAUCCCUCUAACCUACAGCCAAUAUAAACAACUCACCAUCCAGGUGCUACUGGACAGGCUUGUGUUGCGGAGGCUUUACCCACUGGCCAUCCAGAUCUGCGAGUACCUGCGGCUUCCCGAAGUACAGGGUGUCAGCCGAAUCCUUGCUCACUGGGCCUGCUACAAGGUACAACAGAAAGAUGUGUCUGAUGAGGAUGUCGCUCGGGCCAUUAACCAGAAGCUAGGAGACACGCCUGGUGUCUCUUACUCAGAUAUUGCUGCUCGGGCCUAUGGUUGUGGCCGCACAGAGUUGGCCAUUAAGCUGCUGGAGUAUGAACCACGCUCUGGAGAGCAAGUGCCUCUUCUCUUAAAGAUGAAACGGAGCAAACUGGCCCUGAGCAAGGCAAUUGAGAGUGGAGACACAGACCUGGUGUUCACUGUGUUGUUGCACCUGAAGAAUGAGCUUAACCGAGGUGACUUUUUCAUGACCCUUCGGAACCAGCCUAUGGCCCUGAGUCUGUACCGACAGUUCUGCAAGCAUCAGGAGCUUGAGACACUGAAGGACCUCUACAAUCAGGAUGACAACCACCAGGAGCUGGGCAGCUUCCACAUUCGAGCCAGCUAUGCUGCAGAGGAGCGCAUCGAGGGCCGAGUCGCCGCUCUGCAGACAGCAGCUGACGCCUUCUACAAGGCCAAGAAUGAGUUUGCAGCCAAGGCCACAGAGGAUCAAAUGCGGCUCCUCCGGCUACAGCGCCGCCUGGAAGAUGAAUUGGGUGGCCAGUUUCUGGACUUGUCCCUACAUGAUACUGUCACCAACCUUAUCCUCGGUGGCCACAACAAGCGUUCAGAGCAGCUGGCCCGAGAUUUCCGCAUCCCCGACAAGAGGCUCUGGUGGCUAAAGCUGACUGCCCUGGCCAGUAUGGGCGACUGGGAGGAGCUAGAGAAGUUUUCGAAAAGCAAGAAAUCACCUAUUGGCUACUUGCCCUUUGUGGAAAUCUGCAUGAAGCAGCAUAACAAAUAUGAGGCCAAGAAGUAUGCAUCCCGUGUGAGUCCCGAGCAAAAGGUUAAGGCCUUGCUUCUUGUUGGGGAUGUGUCCCAGGCUGCAGAUGUAGCCAUUGAGCACCGGAACGAGGCAGAGAUGAGCCUUGUGUUAUCCCACUGCACUGGAGCCACUGAUGGGGCCACAGUCGACAAGAUUCAGCGGGCCAGGGCACAAGUCCUGAAGAAGUGAGAGCCCACCCUGAACAUAUUUCUGAGCCCUGGGCUUUUCAGAAGUGUCCGUGCUCCAUUUAAAGCAAAGUUGUAAAGCUGGGGUGGUAGGAUUUGUGGUCUGAUUGUAAAUAAAGUUGAAACAUUUUGGGA